CAACGGUGGAGUUUCUCAAGACUCGAAGAAGUCUCUCAUCACUUAGCUUCUGUUCAUCCUUAAGCUGCUUUGUUCGAAGUCGGUCUGAUCCCAACUUCAAAUCCCCACGAAACCCAGGGAAGGGAAACCAGGAUACCAAAUGCAUGUUUUCCUUUAUAGUUUAUCUCAAGUGUUGAACAACUUGCAAGUGUUUGGAAGCUUCACGGUUAACUUGGACACACUUUUGUACAAGUAGAAAAAGUAGUUUUCAUUGGAAAUGACCAUAGAAACAAUCUCUACCUCUUUCCGCCCUUUAACUCUUCAGUGGAAAUAUGAUGCUUUUCUGAGCUUUAGAGGUGAGGAUACUCGCAUGGGUUUUACAGACCACUUAUACACUGCAUUGGAACAUCAAGGAAUCAGAACUUUCAGGGAUGAACCCGAACUUCAGAAAGGGGAAGCUAUUGCUCCAGCCAUUUCUGCUGCAAUAGAAGAAUCCAGAUUUUCUCUAAUUGUUCUCUCACAAAAUUAUGCAUCGUCGACGUGGUGCUUGGAUGAACUUGUAAGAAUUCUUGAAUGCAUGAAAGCAAGAGAAACUAUUCUACCAAUUUUUUAUGAUGUUGAUCCCUCAGAUGUAAGGAUGCAAACAGGGAGUUUUGGAGAAGCCUUUGCUAAUUAUGAAGAAAGGUUUACGGAUGAUAAUGAGAAAGUGCAAAGGUGGAGAAAUGCAUUAACUGAAGUGGCUAGUUUCUCUGGGUGGAAUACAAAAGAUCGGUAUGAAACCAAGCUCAUUAUAGAUAUUGUUGAAGAUGUAUGGAACAAAUUGCAACCUACAUCAUUCAGUUAUGCAGAAAAUUUAGUUGGAAUGGACUCAAGACUGCAGCCAUUUCUUUUGCUUUUAGGCGUAGGGGUGGAAGACGUCCGUUUCAUUGGAAUAUGGGGAAUGGGCGGGAUUGGUAAGACAACUAUGGCAAGAGCGGUGUAUGAGAGAAUCUUUUGUCAAUUUGAAAUUAGUUUUCUUCUUACAGAUGUCAGGAACUCUGUUGAAAGAGGUGGUUUACUUAAUCUGCAAAAGCAACUGAUCUCUGGGAUGAUCCGGACAACACAGGUUGAUCACAUAUUGGACCUUCAUCAAGGAGCCACCAUUAUGAGAAGGUUGUUAGGCCACAAAAAAGUUCUUCUUGUUCUUGAUGAUGUGAACCAUUCGAGCCACUUAAAAUAUUUAGCAGGAAAUCAAGACUGGUUUGGUGCGGGGAGUAGAGUUCUUAUCACAACUAGAAAUGAGCAUUUGUUAGUUCAACAUGGAGUCCAGAGAAGAUUCAAGGCUGAAGAAUUAAAUGAAGAUGAUUCUCUUCAGCUUUUCAGCAUGAAAGCAUUUAAGAAAUAUUACCCUGAAGAAGAUUUUCUUGGUUUGUCAGAAUCCGUUGUAAGUUAUGCAAAAGGUCUUCCUUUAGCCCUUGAAGUACUCGGUUCUUUUUUGUAUGGAAGAGAUCUUAGUGAAUGGAACAGUGCACUGAGCCAGUUGGGAAGAGUUUGUAACUCGGACAUAUUUGAAGUACUUAAAAUAAGUUACAAUGAUCUAGAUUCUGAUGGGAAGAAAAUAUUCCUAGACAUUGCAUGCUUUUUCAAUGGGCAGGACAAAGGUCGGGUGACAGAUAUACUAACCAGUUGCGAUGUUGGUGCUGUUAUAGGGAUAAAAGUCCUCAUGGAGAGAUGUCUAGUGACUCUUUCAGAUGGAAGACUGUGGAUGCACAAUUUGCUCCAAGAAAUGGGUCAUGGAAUUGUCCACCUAGAAUCUCCGAACAAGCUGGGCAGGCGUAGUAGGGUGUGGCAUCAUGAAGACGUCAAAUAUGUCUUGACCCGAAAUGCUGGAACUGAGGCAAUAGAAGGUAUAUUUGUGCACUCAACUGAGUCAGAAGGGGAGGUGGACGUGACUCCAAAAUCAUUUUCAAUGAUGUGUAAAUUGAGAUACCUAAAGAUUAAAAAUGUGAACCUACCUAAGGGGCUUGAUUAUCUUCCCAAUAGUUUACGGAUUCUUGAUUGGACAAGGUAUCCGUUACAAUCUCUGCCAGGACAUUUCAGCCCUCGGCAGCUGUUUGAACUUACUUUGUGUCACAGUUGCCUAAAACAUGUUCAAAUAGGAGCUGAGCCUUUUUGCAAGUUGAAAAGCAUUAAUCUGAAUCUUGUCAACACCCCAAACUUGAAGGUCAUGCCAUAUCUUGAGAUUCUGUGUCUUGAAGGUUGUAUAAGAUUGUAUGAGGUUGACCAGGGAAUUGAAGUGCUCGAGAGACUUACAGUGCUAAACUUGAAAGAUUGCAAGAAUCUUGUGCAUUUUGCAAGUAGUGUACGUGGGUUAAAAUCUCUUGAAGUUCUUGAUCUUUCGGGUUGCUCAAAGCUUAAAAAACUACCAAAUGACAUGGAUCACCUAGAAAGCUUGAAGGAGCUUCGUGUGAAUGGCAGCGGCAUAAGAGAAGUACCUUCCUCGGUUGGGAUGCUUGAAAGACUUGACCUGCUGAAACUGGAAGAUUGCAAAGAUCUCGUGUCUCUUCCAAUCAGUGUACAUGGCUUAAAAUCUGUCAAGGUUGUUAAUAUUUCAGGUUGCUCAAAACUUGACAAACUCCCAGAGGAUUUGGGCCAUAUGGAGUGUUUGGUAGAGGUUGAUGCGAGUGAAACUUCUAUACAAGAACUACCUUUCUCUAUUGGCUUGCUCGAAGAACUUGUUUCUAUGUCCUUGAGAGAUUGCAAACACCUUUUGUGUCUGCCAAGCAGUAUAGGUGGCUUAAAAUCAUUGAAGUAUCUCUAUCUUUCUGAUUGCUCAAAGCUUGACAAAUUGCCGGAUGAGUUGGGUCAUAUUGUUAGUUUGGAGAAGCUUGAUGUGAGUGGAAGUGGCAUAAGAGAAGUGCCCUCCUCUAUUGGUCUUCUGGAGAACCUCAAAGAACUGUCAUUUGCUGGAUGUAAACGACAUUCACUUAAAUCUUGGAAUAUGAUGCUCAACCCUGUUCAGUUAUUGCAAAAACAAAGCCACAUUCCGGUAGGAUUAUCGUUGCCUUGUUUGUCCGGUUUGCAUUCAUUGACUUACUUGAAUCUAAGUGACUGCAAUCUUUCUGACAAAGCAAUGCCUAGUGAUUUUGGAUGCUUAGCCUCAUUAAUAGAGUUAAAUUUGAGCAAUAAUCAAUUCCUUACACUGCAUGAGAGCAUCGGUCAACUCUCUCGGCUUGAAUAUCUCUAUUUGGAUGGGUGCAGUAAGCUUCAGAUAGUACCAGAGCUUUCAUCUGAUGCAUGGGUAAAGGCUACCAAUUGCACCUCAUUGGAUACAAUGGCCAAUCAAAUAGGACGGAGCAAUUUGGUGCCAAGAGGAAGCUAUAUGAACAGUCUCAAAAAGGGGGAGAAUGAAAGCUGCAAGAGUGUAGCACUACCAUUGCUAACACGCCACUUAGCGAGUAAAUCAUCUUAUCAAGAAUCCACUACAUUGUUUGUUGGUCCUGCAAAUGAAAUACCAGAGUGGUACAAUCACCAAGAAGAGGGGUGCUCCAUAACUCUAGAGCUGCAUCCAGGUUGGUUUACUAACUCGUUCAUGGGAUUCGCUAUGUGUGUCGUUUUUAACUGCCUCAAACCACUCCCGCCUUUGGAUUGGUGGGCCAUUAGUUGGUCAAUGACAGCCAAUGGUAAAUGCUCAAGUGUGGAGGCAGGUGGCACGUCUCCAAUAUUUGGGGGAAAGUGGGGUCAACCUGUUGGGGAUCACAUUUGGUUCUUGAACACGAGCCGUGAUUUUUUCCGUGGAGAUUUUCAGGAUAUCCACUAUCAUCUUAAAUUCUCACUUAAACCCUUCUUCUUGCCGAAAGCACCCACCUUGGAAACUGUGCGAGUGAAGAAGUGUGGUGUCCGUGUGUUAUAUGAGGAAGAUGUGGAAGAGCUUCGGCAAACGUUGUUGAAGCAGAACAAUAAUACCAAGCGAGGUCUUCAACUCCUCUGUGAUGAUGUACCAUCUAGUAGUACUGCAAGAGAGGCUCAUUAAAUUGUGCCCGGAUCACUUUGCGGUCAUUAAACUGCGCUAAGAUCACAUUGCAGGUACCAGUGGAAGCCCUCAAAAUUCAUGACCACAAACAUGUUUACAUGGUUGAUGUUCUUGUCUUCUUCCAACACCAAGUAAGCUGAGUGAGUGAAGAUGCAUGUUGUUUACCAAACAUAAAUAGAACUGUGACCUUCCACAUGCAAAUCACGGACAUGUGAUUUUGGGAGACCCUUCGCCCAUCCUGUUUUAUCCUAUUAGUUCCACUGAGGUUCGUUGCUUGGUCGAUAUACCUGGAACAAAAGUGCCUUCAGUAGCUAAUGGUGAAAUGGCCAACUAUUUGAAGACUGUGGUGGCUCCUCAGAUUCCCCCUGAGCUGUACAAUGCUUUUUUGGCUCCCGUAAACAAGGGAAACAUCAGAUCCAUGCAAAACAGAAGUUAGUACCCAGAUUUAAAAUAUAUAUGAAUACCAAUUUGUAUCAGUAUCAGCAGUCUUGGGUUUCCCCUGCAGAAUUAGAUAUCAAGAUGGGGGAGAAUGAUAAGUUUAGAAGUUGUUGUUCUGCAAUGGAAUCCAGCUACAUUUUCCAUUUAAUCAAACUUGUACAAAGUAUAGCAAUGUAGUAGAUGUAAAUGCUACUGUUGAUGAUUUUAUAGUGAAUGGCCAGUGGAAUGUUCCCAAAUUGAAUGAGAUUCUGGAGAGUUAGGAUUCAGUAAUCAAAUCCAGAUUUAGAAAAG